AUGGUGAAGGUCCGGUCAUCCUCCAUGGAUGUCUCACAAUCAAGGCUCUACAGCUCGAACCUCACGUCGUCUUCGUCAAGCCUCCGACGUGCCCGUGUCCGUCGGAUCUUUACAAUCUCCGCCUUCUCUAUCUUCUUUACAUCCGCAGGCUUCCUCCUUGCCACGGCGCCGGCCAUCGCAUCAAUCGUCGCUCUCAUAUCAGCUCCCACAGAUGCAGAUUCCGUGGCCUUAUACCACACAGCUGAUGACGUUGCCGCUGGGAUCAACGAAUACAUCAACAGCCAUCCAUUGUCUCGAUCCCUACGUGCGAAUUCAGCUUGGACGGAGUCGCGGCCGCAUUUGCGGUACCCGGAGUCCCAACGCAAGCAUAGCUUAACAGCAGCCACAUUGAUUGGCCCUGGCAGAAUACCGGUUCCGCCACUAGUCUUUCUCGAGGAGGGCAAGAGUCUUCUAUCUAUAUCAUAUCUCAGCACAGAUCUUUGCGGACACGUUGGUAUAAUUCACGGAGGCUUGCUAGCGACACUGCUGGAUGAGGGACUUGCGAGAUGUGGAUUUUCAGCGCUGCCGAACAAGAUUGGGGUAACCGCGAAUCUGAAUAUCAAUUAUCGUAAUCCGGCACCUGCAGGGUCAUACGUGGUACUGAAAGCAGAAAUGACGAAGGUUGAAGGCAGGAAAGUUUGGGUGAAGGGAAGGAUAGAGCUGCUAGGAGACACAGUAGAGCCCGGAAAACUGCUGGUCGAGGCUGAAGGCUUGUUCAUCGAGCCAAAAUAUGCAAAAUCAUUACCAAAAUUGUUCGCGAAUCAAAACAAAUGA